AACGGGCUGGGGAACAAUUGUGAAGAACUCAAGAGAGUUCUGUGCUUUGCACUUCUCUAAACUUGGAAACUUUCCUGAGCAGUUAAGGCGUCCUUUGACCUCCUCUCUUCUGAAUUGCAGAAAUCAGACCAGACUACUUGGUGAAAUGGCCUCUUGUGCUUCUGAAGAGCCUGUUAAAAGGGUGGCUAUCUUUGGAGGGACUCAUGGAAAUGAACUGACAGGAGUGUUUCUAGUUACUCACUGGCUAAAGAAUGGCGCUGAAAUUCACAGAGAAGGGCUGGGAGUGAAACCGUUCAUUGCCAACCCACAAGCAGUGAAGAAGUGCACCAGAUAUGUUGACUGUGACCUUAAUCGUGCCUUUACCCUUGAAAAUCUUAGCAAAGAGAUGUCUGAGGAUUUGCCAUAUGAAGUGAGAAGGGCUCAAGAAAUAAAUCGCUUAUUUGGUCCAAAAAACAGUGACGGUCCCUACGAUGUUGUGUUUGACCUUCAUAACACUACUUCUAACAUGGGUUGCACUCUUCUUCUUGAAGAUUCCAGGAAUGACUUUUUGAUCCAGAUGUUUCACUAUAUUCAGACUUCCUUGGCUCCGUUACCCUGCUACGUUUAUCUCAUUGAGCACCCUUCCCUCAAAUAUGCAACCACUCGCUCCAUCGCCAAGUAUCCUGUUGGUAUAGAAGUUGGUCCUCAGCCUCAAGGUGUUCUGAGAGCUGAUAUUUUGGACCAGAUGAGAAAAAUGAUUAAACAUGCUCUUGAUUUUAUACACCAUUUUAACGAAGGAAAAGAAUUUCCUCCCUGUGCUAUUGAAGUCUAUAAAAUAAUGGAGAAAGUUGAUUAUCCAAGAAAUGAAACUGGAGACAUAGCUGCUGUUAUCCACCCUAAUCUACAGGAUCAAGAUUGGCAACCAUUGCACCCUGGAGAUCCCAUGUUUGUGUCUCUUGAUGGAAAGGUUAUUCCACUGGAUGGAGACUGUACCGUGUACCCGGUGUUUGUGAAUGAAGCUGCGUAUUAUGAAAAAAAGGAAGCGUUCGCAAAGACAACUAAGCUGACACUCAACGCAAAAAGCAUCCGCUCCACUUUGCACUAAAAAUCCCUGCAAGCUCACAGUUAUGGAGAGUCUUGCAAGCCACUAGGUCUCUGUAAGAUCCCCAAGACCAGCACUGUGCCUUAUUCUAGCUCUUUUCCUCAGCACCUGGCCCCAUGCCUCAAGCAGUAAGCAUCCAGGCCAGCUUCUGAAAGGAAAAAAUAAAUUAAUGAAUGUCUUUCUAAUAUAUUUUGAAUUAGCUAUGCACAGUAGCUCACGCUGUGCAAAAGCUGUGCUUUUGGUU